CCAAGCCCAAGUAAGUCAAAGCAAACAAACAAAUCAUCACCAGAAUUAUUCCAUCAAUCAAUUCAAUUUCUCUCCUAUGCUUAUCCAAAAUAUUUUCAAUCAUUCAAGAGUAUUAAUGAAAGCUAUGGAACUGAAGAUGAAAUAAUAAAAAGGGGAAAAUGGGAAGAAACAUCAGAUUUUGAAUGCGUUUUAUCUAACGCGGUUAUUGUUAUUAGUAUGCUUCAUCACGAAUUCGAGAGACAAGAAAAACUUUUUGUCGCUUGCAUUAAACAAGGGGUAAUCCUGUUAAUCACAUGGGAUUCGGGAAUGGAAUUAGAUAACUUAAUAAGAGAUAAAAGAUGCCCUCGCACCAGACUACACCAGAAACUUAUUGAUUAUCAAGAAUAUCCCUCUUAUUCCCCUUUUAAUGAUAAAAUGCAAUGGGUUUUAUUCCAAGUUGGGUUAUUUAGUGACGACAUUUUAAAAUAUGACAUAUCCACUGUCACUACUGCUUUUAACAGUCCUAACCAAUUUAUUUUUAUUAAUGUUUCGGUUAAAACUGAUUUUGCUAAAAUAAUUGCCGAAUCAAUUGUAACCCCCAAAGUUAAACCAAAUUGUAAUUAUGUAGUCGGUGAAUUCGUUUCACAUACCUUUCUAAGUCACCUUUAUAAAGUUUAUAAUCAAGGAAUACCCUUUGAAAGGAGCAUGCCAGCUGAAAUAACUGAAUUUGAAACAACAAAUCAAUUACGUAUAUCAGGAAUAAUAUCUGCCCGUCCUAUUCCAAAGAUAUUAUAUCCUGAUUGUGACUCCUAUAUUCAUAAAAUAGGCAUUGAGAUAUCUUUUCAGCAUGGAGCUACAAUUUAUAAAAUUUUAACUAAUCAUAAACAAUAA